AGUUGCUCCCGGACUGAUCCGCUGUCAGAGGAGCAGGAGAAAGAAACCAUCCAGAUGUUUGGUAGAAGGUGAAGCUGCUGUAAAUAAACCAGAGGAGGAGCUGGGAGACCUUCAUUCUCAGCGACGUGACGUCAGAGAAGCAGCGUCGCCAUGGAAACCGUCUCCCUGAUCCUGGAGCUGAGGAUGUGACGGUUGUUCAGGUGGAGCCUCCAGACCUCCAGGUGUCUCCUCCUCCUGGACAUGUGAGCGGCUGACAGGAAGCAGACCCUUCAGGAGGUUCCAGCUGAUUUGAAGCUGAAGAACAGAAACCAGUCUGGAUUUCCCUCAUCCUGAUCCUGAACCUGAGCUUCACACCAGCAGUUGUUUCCUCAUUGGGUGACAUCAGAGGAUUCACCUCGUCGGAUCAAAGCCUCGUCCUCCAGCGUCUCCUCGUCCUCCACAUCCUCCCACCGGAUCGACCAUCUGGGACGACUUCAAGAGGCUGAGAACUCCACGGGAACGAGCUCAGCAGUGACGUCACGGUUGCCGGGCAACCUAGCGAGCAAAACAGAUUCCCUCUGAGCAGAGGGAGGCCCCGGUCUGCACGUGCUCAGUGUGGACGUCCAGACAGCAUCUGUGUGGUCUGUGGAGAAGAGGAGCUUCAGGGCUGACCUUCUAGUUUAAAGGAAACUAUUCAGACAUCCAGGGUUUAACUCCUCUGAUCUAAAGCUGCUGCAGCGACACCAAAACCUCCUAAAACAGGUGUUUGGAGGAUUCUGCUGGUUUCAGUCUGACUUCAUUCUCACGGCUGCAGGACUUCUGUUAGAAUCAGCUCAUUUUUUUCAUCCUCUGGGCUCAUUUCUGGGAAUAUAAGUGACAAAUUAAAGCCUCAGUUUCUGUGAGGAUCCCGACAUAAAGAGGCAGAGAUGACGUCCCAGAACCUCUUCGCCUCGGUUCCACUUCACAACUCCACCAAAGGAUAACGUCAGAAACCACCGAGGCAUCAGACGUCCUCCCAGAACCAGAGACUCCUCAGACUCCAGGCUCCAGACUCCAGGCUCCAGGCCUUGGCCCCUUGGCAUGAUGGGAGACAGCAACUGGGUCUGUCUGAGCCCAGCGGAGUUCAGUCAGCUGCAGCAGUACAGCGAAUACUCCACCAAGAAGCUGAAGGAUGUUCUGGAGGAGUUCCACGGUGAAGGAGUUCUGUCCAAAUACAACCCGGAGCAGAAGCAAGACGUUCUGAACCAACCCAUCGACUAUGAGGGCUUCCAGCUCUUCAUGGCCACCUACCUGGAGAACGACAUCCCAGAAGAACUGUGUCAGCAUCUCUUCACCUCCUUCAAGAGCAAGACGGGCGGAUGUUCUCCAGACCAGUCCAGAGCUGGAACCAGUCUACUGGAAGCUCGCUCCAUUGAUGCAGGCAUCUCUAUUCAGACCGAAGUGGCCUGUGCCCCCAUCACAGGGAUGAAUGGGAAGAGCAUCCUGUCAGCGAUGGGCCGGCACACUCCCGAGCACUCAGCUGUGAUGAGCACGGCGGGUUCAGGAGCCACCACCUCCCCUUGUUCAUCCCGGUCCUCCUCUCAGCGCUCAGGGGCCGGGGGCCACACUCCUGGGGGGCCCCACAGGUCACCCUGCACCCAGGUCAAAGCCUCUGAGGCCAGCAGCAACGCCCUGAGUCCCAACGCUGGUCCUGCCAGGUCCCCAGUGUCCCCCAGACUGUCACCAGACCGGAGUCGCUCUGAGAAGCUGCUAUCGCUGAGAAGGAGCCCAUCGCCCCAGAAGGGUUCCCCCCUGCCGUCGCCCCAGGUGGUGUUCCUGAAGGACAUCGUGUGCUACCUGUCUCUGCUGGAGAGGGGGACACCUGAGGACAAGCUGGAGUUCAUGUUCCGCCUCUACGACACCGACGGCAACGGGGUUCUGGACAGCUCGGAACUGGACCGGAUCAUUAACCAGAUGGUUCAUGUUGCUGAGUAUCUGGAGUGGGAUUCUACCGAGCUGAGACCGAUCCUGAAGGAGAUGAUGGAGGAGAUCGACUUUGACAGAGACGGAACGGUGACUCUGGAGGAGUGGAUCAGAGGAGGCCUCACCACCAUCCCUCUGCUGGUGCUGCUGGGCAUGGACACCAACGUCCAGGAGGAUGGGCAGCACGUCUGGCGUCUGAAGCACUUCAACAAACCGGCGUUCUGCAACUACUGUCACACCAUGCUGCUGGGAGUCCGCAAGCAGGGUCUCUGCUGCUCCGUGUGUAAAUACACGGUUCAUGAACGCUGCGUCUCCAAAGACAUCGCCGGCUGCAUCAGUACCUACGCCAAGUCACGACGACACACCAACGCCAUGCAGCACGUGUGGAUGGAGGGAAACUCUGCCACUAAAUGUGAUCGCUGCCAUCGGAGCAUCAAAUACUACCAGGGCCUGACGGGGCUGCACUGUGUCUGGUGUCACAUCACGCUCCACAAUAAAUGUUCCUCUCAUGUGAAACCAGACUGUGAUGGAGGAUCUCUGAGGGACCACCUGCUGCUGCCGUCCUACAUCUGUCCACUGGUUCUGGACCGACACUCGGUGGUGAAGCGAGGAGAAGGAGAAUCUCCGUCCAGCACCAGUCCAGACGACACCAACCAGACCUUCAAGUUCUCCCCUGGAGACGGCCAGGCCCUGCAGAUCAGUCCUCUUCCUGGAACUCAUCCUCUGCUGAUUCUGGUCAACCCAAAGAGUGGAGGCAGGCAGGGGGAGAGAGUUCUGAGGAAGUUCAGGUAUCUUCUGAACCCCAGGCAGGUGUACAGCCUGGAGCAAGGAGGACCUAUGGUGGGGCUCAACUUCUUCCAUGACGUUCCAGAUUUCCGGGUUCUGGCCUGUGGAGGAGACGGGACGGUGGGCUGGAUCCUGGACUGUAUCGAUAAAGCGAACUUCUCCCGACAUCCUCCGGUGGCCAUUCUUCCUCUGGGGACCGGGAACGAUCUGGCUCGCUGCCUUCGCUGGGGAGGAGGCUAUGAGGGCAGCAGCCUGCUGAAGUUCCUCCGGGACAUCGAACACAGCACCGAGGUGGUUCUGGACCGCUGGAACAUCGACAUCGUCCCCGACGAUAAGGAGGAGAAAGGAGAUCCGGUUCCCUACAGCAUCGUCAACAACUACUUCUCUAUCGGAGUGGACGCCUCCAUCGCUCAUCGCUUCCACCUGAUGAGAGAAAAACACCCGGAGAAGUUCAACAGCAGGAUGAAGAACAAACUGUGGUACUUUGAGUUUGGAACCACAGAGACCAUCUCAGCCACCUGCAAGAAGCUCAACGAGUGCAUCGAGGUGGAGUGCGACGGCAUCAUCCUGGACCUCAGCAACACGUCCUUAGAGGGCAUCGCGGUGCUCAACAUUCCCAGCAUGCACGGCGGCUCCAACCUGUGGGGGGAAACGAAGAAGAGGAGGAACUACAACCGCAUGAGCAAGAAGGUUCCUGACAGGACGCCGGUCUGCACCGUGACCGACGCCAAGGAGCUCAAGUUCUGCAUCCAAGACUUCAGCGACCAGCUGCUGGAGGUGGUGGGUCUGGAAGGAGCUAUAGAGAUGGGUCAGAUCUACACCGGCCUGAAGAGCGCUGGACGGAGGCUGGCCCAGUGCUGCAACGUCACCAUCAGGACGUCCCGCCGGCUGCCCAUGCAGAUCGAUGGAGAACCGUGGAUGCAGCCUCCGUGCACGGUCCGGAUCACCCACAAGAACCAGGUUCCCAUCCUGCUGGGCCCGCCGCAGAAGACGCCGUUCUUCUUCUUCAAGAAACGCAACCGGAGCCGUGACUAGGACGCACAAAACCACCUCUGAACACGAAAACACACACAGACACCGCACAUCUACGCACACACACUGUACAGGCAGCUCCAUGGACCGCUCACAGAAGGUCCUGAAGACGAUUCAGAGACUGAACCGACCGUUUCC